AUGGCGACUCCGUUCCCUCUCUUACGCCUCCCUAGACUUGCAUUGAUUGAUGUUUUUCAACACAUGAAGCAUAUUGAAGUAAUCGCGUUCUCCCUUCUCUCCGAAAGAACUUACAAUCUUUCAAAAUACCUUUACAAAACAAGAUCUUCCCGCUACAUUGCUCUGAGAAUCGAGGAUAACUAUCUUACUAUGAGGGUUACUCUGCCAGAUUGGUCACCACUAACACUGUAUUUUCACACAAACGUCUCGAAGACAGUUGAAGUGUUUUAUCAACACAAACCAGUUCAAUGGAAAAACGUCGGAUUAUCGACAAAACAAUGGAUUGAGCGAAUUUUCAAUGUAUCAAAGUGUCCAUCGCUAAGCAAACUGACGCUCAAUGGGGCACCAGGAGACAAUGUGUUCUCAGUUCUUGAUGUAAUUCCGAAGGUCACUAAACUCAAAAUAUGGGUCAAUUGCAGCAACACUUUAGCUAAGAGAGCAGUGGAAGUUCUCGCGCCAGUCACUUCAUCGAUUCGUUUUUUUAAAGUUCCCUUUUCGAAUCGAGAAGAAUUCCUGAAAUUUUGGAUGAGCAAUGUUGACUGUUUGAGUAUCUACAACGAUCAUUUAUCGAGAUUUCAAUUCAAUCUUAAUGAUCUUUUAGCCUCGAAUGCAGUCAAACUUGAAUUGGACGAAGUCCCAUUGAGUCUGAGAGACCUUAACAGAUUCUUUUUUAAUUGGAUGAACAAAACAUCUAAUCAUAUGUUGAAAAAUCUAUCACUGAAAUCACUUGAGGAAAUCAAUAGAGACAUUCUUGUGGAAGGAUUAGAUGCAACUCAUUUCAAAAUACUGUUUUCUCCAGAUUUGGAUACAUCUGCGUUUGAAAUCAAACUGCUCCUUCACGUUUCAAUUCCGUUAUUCUCCCUAUGUUUCCAACUCGUACUACAGCAGAGGCGACGGACACCCACAGUACAUACGCAUCCCUGCAUUGUCUUCCUGGAGAUGUUUGUUUUCCCAGAGCGCCACUUUAGCCGCGUCGCGGUCGUGCGUUGCGGUCUAUCUUCUACUAUUGAUUCCUCAUCCUCAUCUCACCAUCAUUCAUUUGUACCCACUCUCUCCACUACCGAAAUGACGACUCCGUUCCCUUUUCUACGCCUUCCAAGACUCGCUCUAAUUCCUGUUCUUCAACACAUGGAGCUUAUUGAAGUAAUCGCCUUCUCCCUUAUCUCCAAAAGAGCUUUCAACCAUUCAAAAUGUUUCUACAAAGUAUCUCCCGGUUCCAUCGAAUUGCUAGUGGGUCCCUACGCUAUUGAGACAAGAAUUGACGAUCUGACAAUGUUGUUCUACGGAAACGUACCGGAGUGGGUUGAAAUAUUGCACCACGACAAAUUGAUGCGAUGGAUAAAUGCUGGGUUAUCGACUAAACAAUGGAUCCAGAGGAUUCUCGCCGUGACAAAGUGUCCAUCGCUGGACAAAGUGAUACUCAAUGAGAAACCAAAAUACGAUGUGUUAUCAGUUCUUGAUGGAGUUUCCAAAAUAUUUAACCUGCACAUCAAACCCAAGUGCUGCAACGCUUUAGCUAAGAGAGCAGUGGAAGUUCUCUCGCCAGUCACUUCAUCGAUCACUUUAUUCAGAGUUCCUCUUUCGAAUCAAGAAGAAUUCCUGAGAUUUUGGAUGGGGAAUGUGGAAUGUUUGUGUAUCCGCUAUGAUGAUUUAUCGAGGUUUCAAUUCAACCUUAAUGAUCUUUUAGCCUCGAACGCAGUCAAACUUGAAUUGCGCAAAGUCCCAAUGAGUCUGAGAGACCUCAACCGCUUCUUUUCUUGCUGGUUGCACAGAACAUCUAAUCAUCGGUUGGAGCAUCUAUCAGUACAAUCACUCAAGAACAUCAAUGAAGACGUUCUUCUGAAAGGACUUAAUGCUACUCGUUUCACUGAACAACAAGCAAUACACUUUCAAUCAAUCCGCGUGGUUUGUCAUCCAGAAUUCACUAGAGGAUUCGAAGUGAGAAGAAUUGAUGGAAAGUUGGCAGCUAUUACAUUUUAUACUACUUUUGGGACAACAUAUAUUAAUUUUGAUGUUUGGUCAUGA